AUGCUAGGCGCAGCAUUCCAGACCCCGAAGAUCGGCGAGGACUGGCGAUGGAUCCCGCUCAUAUUUUUCUUUUUCCCGAGAAUAACGGCAGACGCGAUGCCCACAACGAGCUCCGGGACGGCUGCGAGCCUCCUUGCAAAUCGUCUCGCGGCGAACUGCAGCAUCUCGGCCGUCGAAACAAGCAUCGCGGGGCUGCAGGACGACAUGGUCGCUGCGGUCUGCCGCGUGCUCGCCGGCGACCCGCUCUCUCCGGAGGCGGCGCUCGCGUUCGCCUCCACGUGCCGCUCGGUGAGGCGCGCGGUGGCGCCGGUCCUCGCCGAGGCGAGGCGGUGGCGCGCGCGCGCGGGCGUGCUCCUCAAGGAGGCGCACAGCGGCGCACCCUCUCUUCGCGGCGGCCAAAGCUGCGACGACCUCACGAGCACGCAGCAGCUGCGGCUGGCCACGGGCCUCGUCUUUGGGGACGCCGUCGUUGCGGAUGCGAGCAUCUGCGCGACGCUGGCUCACCUGAUCGGCCGCCGCUCCCUCGACGGCCUCGAGGAGCUUCGAAUCGAACGGGCGGCCGACGGGCGCGACUGGCGGCCGAUCUGCUCCGCCCUGCGCGGCGGCGCGCUGCCCAAGCUCGCCUUCCUCGACCUCGGCAACAACUCUCUCGGCGACGCGUUUUGCGCCGCGCUCGCCGACGCCCUCUCUGCUGACCCGGCCGCGGUCCUCCGCUGCGUCUCGCGCCUCACCCUCAGCGCCAACCGGAUCGGCUGGGACGCGGGCGCAGAGGCGAUGGCGGCUCGCGGCAAGCUGGGCACGUUCCGCCGGCUGGAGGGGCUCUACCUCCACGGCAACCGAGCCCUCUCCACGGCGGGGCUCGACGCGCUGGCCGCGCGCCUCACGCCCGAGCCGAGGCAUAGCCAGAUCGACGCGCGGCUCACGCUGGACGACCGACCGCCCGGCCCGCCUCUCUGGCCGGACGGGCCGUCUUGCGCGCUGCCAUCCCUGCAGACGCUCACGCUGCCAAAGGGCCACGCGGAGCACGAAGGGAUGCGAGUGGCGUGCUCCGCGCGCUGGCCGUACGUGCAGGUCAAAUUCUGGUCGUGA